CCUAUAGAUACUCCAUGCUUGUUUUUUUUUACAUGACCUGAAAUAACGUUCUUUUCAAAGGCGUGGACGGCAAAGAUCAUCAUUAUAUAUAUAUAUAUAUAUAUAUAUAUAAAAAUAAAGAUAAAAGAAAGCAAAGAAGAGGGAUUCCUGCUGUCAUCUGGCUGUAUGUCAAGUCUCUCCAGCCUCUUGAAAUUUUGGAUGCCAUUCCGGUUGGAGGUUGCGGUACACCCCGAGGACUAGAUGCGAUAACCAGGACCAGAUAUGCCGCAGCCGAAAUCAAGAAAGAUCGCCAUCCUCGGGUACAGAUCCGUAGGAAAGUCCUCCUUGACAAUUCAGUUUGUGGAGGGCCAGUUCGUGGACUCCUAUGACCCAACAAUAGAAAACACUUUUACUAAAAUGAUCACAAUAAAUGGACAAGAGUACCAUCUUCAGCUGGUAGACACAGCAGGACAGGACGAGUACUCUAUCUUCCCACAGACCUACUCCAUAGAUAUCAACGGUUACAUUCUGGUCUACUCCGUUACAUCCAAUAAAAGCUUUGAAGUUGUACAAGUUAUCCAUGAAAAACUAUUGGACAUGGUGGGAAAAGUUCAAGUUCCAAUUAUGCUUGUUGGAAACAAGAACGACCUACAUAUGGAGCGGGUAAUCAGUUGUGAAGAAGGAAAAGCAUUAGCCGAAUCCUGGAACGCUGCCUUCAUGGAGUCCUCAGCUAAAGAGAACCAGACAGCCGUGGAAGUUUUCCGGAGGAUGAUCCUGGAGGCAGAGAAGAUGGACGGUGGCGUGCAGCCAGGAAAAACCUCCUGCUCCAUGAUGUAGAGCCGCCCAAUCAACACACAGGACACUGCACUGGGAUAUCCCGUUACUUGAAGGCUAGCUGCCAGAUCUCCUCCACCUCAGCUGACUCCACCCCUCCAGGGUCCUAAAUAUCCAAUACUGUCUAUUUAUGGCUCUGAUUCCACUGUUAUUUCUCAGUAUUUCCUAUUUCCCCUUUUGUCAUCCUCAUUUUUUCUUUGUGUGUGUUUGAUAAAAAAAAAGAAAAAAAAAAAAAGGAUGUGUGGCGGUUCCCCAGUCUUCUAUUUCCCACAAUCCACCCCUCCUCCAUCCAUCUAUCUGUGCUUGGCUCCGAUGCAAACACAGAACUUGGGUGUAUCAGAAAAAAUGUUUUCCUGUGCUCGGUUAUAACGACUACUGUAACUAAGGCCAGAGAUAGUAAUGGCUUUAUGCAUCUUAGCUUCUCAUUAUGCAGCUUCCAUAUAGGCAACGAGUCCUUCUCUGUUGAGAUAACAAGAGAUAGAGAAAUGUAAUGUCUGCCAUGUAUACGCUCUGAAAAAUGGAUAAGUAAUCACAGACGUUUCUUCUGAUACAUCACCAGCUGUUUGGUCCCUCCAAUAUAUUCAGCUCUUUUUCUACUUAAACUCCACGCAGUACCCACUUAUCUGUCCCUCAGUUUGUUUUCAUAGCGGUUACUGUCAGCCCCCCAAAAAAAUCUGCAUCCAUUUUCUAAUGUUGAAAAUGUUGUACAAAUGUUUUUGAUUGUAAUCAUUAAAGCAAAAAGUGGUUAUGU